AUGGAGCCAUCUCCUUUGUCUCCAAGUGGGGCAGCACUCCCUCUGCCUCUGUCGCUGGCUCCGCCCCCUCUGCCUCUGCCUGCAGCUGCGGUGGUACACGUGUCCUUCCCAGAGGUGACCAGUGCCCUCCUGGAGUCCCUCAACCAGCAGAGACUUCAGGGCCAGCUCUGCGAUGUGUCCAUCAGAGUGCAGGGCCGGGAGUUCAGAGCUCAUCGUGCCGUCCUGGCUGCCUCCUCCCCUUACUUCCACGACCAGGUCCUGCUCAAGGGCAUGACCUCCAUCUCACUGCCUAGCGUCAUGGACCCAGGCGCCUUCGAGACUGUCCUGGCUUCAGCUUACACUGGUCGCCUCAGCAUGGCCGCUGCUGACAUUGUCAACUUCCUCACAGUGGGUUCUGUGCUCCAGAUGUGGCACAUUGUGGAUAAAUGCACUGAACUCCUUCGCGAAGGCCGGGCCUCUGCCACCACCACCGUCACCACGGCCGCGGCCACCUCAGUCACUGUCCCUGGUGCUGGGGUCCCCUCGGGGAGCGGGGCCGCCCUGGCCUCUGCCACCAUGGGCUCUGGGCGCUCCCACGCCUCCAGUCGGGCCAGUGAGAAUCAGUCUCCCAGCAGCAGCAACUACUUCAGCCCCCGAGAGUCAACUGAUUUCUCAUCUCCCUCCCAGGAGGGGUUUGCAGCUCCGGCAGCGGGCGGCGGGGAGCGUCGAGGAGGCGGCCCUGUAUUCCCAGCCCCUGUGGCUGGCAGUGGGAGCGCUGCCUCCGGGAAGCUGCUGCUGGAGGCGGAUGAGCUGUGCGAUGAUGGUGGAGACGGAAGGGGUUCGAUGGUUCCGGGGGCGGGGCUCCGGAGGCCUACCUGUGUGCCCCCCAGCAUCAUGCCACAGAAGCACUGGAUAUAUGUGAAGCGAGCUGGACACUGCCCAGCAUCAGCGCUGGUUUCCCAAGACCAAGAUCUGGAAGAGGAGGAGGAGGAGGAAGACCUGGUUUUGACUUGUGAGGAUGAUGAAGAGGAGGAGCUGGGGGGAGGGUCCGGGGUCUCAGCUGGGGGAGGACCGGAGGCCACCCUUAGCAUAAGUGAUGUCCGGACUCUGAGCGAGCCCCCAGGCAAGGGAGAGGAGCAGGUCAACUUCUGUGAAUCCUCCAAUGACUUUGGCCCCUAUGAGGCGGGGGGUCCUGGGGCAGAGCUGGAUGAUCCAGGGAGGCCCACGCCUUCCUCCUAUGCCCCCUCCCUCCCAUCGCGGCCUCUGCUUCCAGUAGAUGUGCAGGGCAACCAGAUCCUAGUCUUCCCAUCGCCUUCCUCCUCCUCACAGGCUCCAGCCCAUCUGCCGGGGAACCAAGCCGAGCACGGGGUUGUGACUCUGAGGGGCACAUCCGCAGGGAGCCUGGGUGCCCCGGGGGGCGGCGCUGGUGGGACCGCCGGAGGGACAGCCAGUGGGGACGGGAAUAAGAUCUUCCUGUGCCACUGCGGAAAGGCCUUCUCCCACAAGAGCAUGCGAGACCGGCACGUGAACAUGCACCUCAACCUGCGGCCCUUUGACUGCCCCGUGUGCAACAAAAAGUUCAAGAUGAAGCACCACCUGACGGAGCACAUGAAGACACACACAGGCCUCAAGCCCUACGAGUGCAGCGUCUGUGCCAAGAAGUUCAUGUGGCGGGACAGCUUCAUGCGCCACCGAGGACACUGUGAGCGCCGGCACCGCCUGGGCGCGGGCGGGGCUGGGCCCGGACCCUCAGGGCCAGCCUUGCCACCCAAGAGAGAGUCCCCUGGGCUGGGCGAAGGCAACCUCACCGAGGGGAGUGGGGCCACGGCCCCGCCGGGCCGCGGGGCCUGGUCCCCGCCAGGCGCCCACAAAGUGGAGAUGGGCUUCAGCGGCGGCGGAGGAGCAAACUGA